GGUCAAACCGUUAUCCAGUGGCAUCACAAUUCCUCCUUUAGAUUCAAUAAAACAUGGGCAGAAUUCCGGACUGGGUUUGGCAAUCGAGACGGAGAUCAUUGGAUUGGUAACGAGAAACUCUUCUGGUUAACGCAAAGUCGUAACUUUUCUCUGAUGAUAACUAUCAAACCCCGAGGUGGUGGCAUCCGUAAUUUCAACGUUUCGAAGUUCAUUGUUCUCUCCGAAAAUUCGUCUUUUGCCAUCAGAGUCUAUGAUGCCCCCGGCUCACAGAGCUGUCUGUCGCAGUAUAACGGAACACAGUUCACAACAUUCGAUAGAGUUAAUUCAGCCAACUGCGCUGCUAUCAAUGGAAGUGGCUGGUGGUACAACUCCACUUGCUCCGACUGCAAU